CAAUGAUUUACUUGUAGAUUAUGCCCAGCAUUUGUCAUAAAUUCGUGCAAGCUUGUUUUCGUAUUUCGAACUAACCUAGUGUUUUCCUUGGAAUAUACGAUUUAUUUAUUCUGUUCUUUACACCUCUGCUAGUUUAGAUGAAUAGCUAUGAAAUGAUGACUCAUAUCUAUAUAAACCAAUAAAGCUAUAAAGCCAAGGUUUUGCCGAAGAUCAAUGUUUUCUUCAAUGGAACGUUAGCGUAGAAUGAUUGCAUAUCUACGUAACCUUUACUGUUUGAACCAAUGUAUCGUAGGUAAGUUUCCGAACAGUUGCACGUCGAGUGCUGUAUAAAAGCAUCUACUGCUAAUUGCUCAAGUCGUUUGCCUUCUAGCUUUUAAAUCUUUAGCAAAGCAAACACUUGUUAAAGCCACGCUGAAUCGUCAUGGCUAAACAAUCCAUGUCAGAAUAUCUGCUUUCGGGUCCUGGUAUAAGCGAUCUCUAUGAACGAGCUACGCGAACGCAGUUCCUCAGCCUUGCUGGUCAGGGCCAACUUCCCCCAGACGUGCUCUGCCAGUGGUUAUCCCAAGAUCGGCUCUAUGCCCAAGCUUAUAUUCGCUUUGCGGGAGGGCUAAUAUCCCGCGUUCAGCUACCGACCAAGGUAGAUGGGCAGGGCGCCUCAAAGACGCUUCAAUGGCGAAUCUUGUCAUUACUGCAGACUGCUAUGUCUGGAGUCAUGAGGGAACUAAAGUUUUUCGAAGAGACUGCUAAGAAAUACGGGCUGGACCUCGAAGCUCUCGGACCUGUGGCGGGAGGAAGUAACCUAUCACAUAUAUCGGCCAAAUUCGGACCUAAUAAAGUGACGAAGAACUACAUCGACAUGUUCGACUCAUUCUCGGCGAGACCCAACGGAGAUUUGUCCAAGACUCUCUUAGAUGGGCUGGUAGUGCUCUGGACUACGGAGAAGGUGUAUCUGGACUCCUGGACCUACGCAAAGCAGCAGGCUUCGGAGAAUGCAGAUACGAAGGAGGAUCUCGACGGCGGUGCCUUAAGAAAGGAGUUUAUCCCCAACUGGACCUCUGAGGAGUUCCAAGCUUUUGUGAAGGAGUGUCAGGAGUGCCUGGAUGCUUAUGCUGCUAGUCAGGAUGAGGAUACGGAAGAAGUCAUCGCGGCAGGUUCUAUGGUAAUCUUCAAGAAAGUCUUGGUGCUGGAAGAGUCGUUCUGGCCGAUGGUGGCUUGAAGACUAUACUAUCGAGAGUGGUUGAGUUGGGGAGAUGAAGUUACCUAGGUACCUAGGUACCUACAUCAUAACUUAAUGUAAUGCUGAAGGGGUACCUGGGUACUUACAUAGUAUUGAGGUAGUGGAUUUUUAUUGUUCGCUUAAUUCAAUUACCGGGAUAUAACCCCACAUUUUAUCGUUGUCAGAGCAACGAUGGCAAUUAACCUAACCUUAAAUCAAAACAGUCAACAAGCGAUAAG